UAUACUUUUACGGUAACUGUUUCGUAGAAAGUAAAAUAGUAACUUGGUGGCCGUGCGAUGUCUUGAUUUACCUUCAGUUUGACAGCCAUUGUUCAUGAGGCAUUGAAGCUAUUUGUAUGUAUACAUUAACCCACUCUGAUUAAUUAAAAAGCAAAUAAGGAAUGUUUGCACAUUUGUGUAUUUAUCGUUUCUCUCUCAGUUUGAUAUUUUACGUAUCCAUGAUUCGACUUUGAAUUUUUUAAUAUUAAAAUGACUUAUUUCUGUCAAUGAUGACAUAUCGAUGUUUUAUUUCUAGUCAUACCAUUAUGGAUGGACGCUGUUUCUAUUUGUGAGCACAUACGGUAUAUCGUAGACAUUUUACCUCCAGCUUCAGCUGUGCAUUUCGUUACUGUAUAUAACAUAUUUUAACAAAAACAUUUGCUCCCUUGAGGGCACUUUCUCUAUACAAGGCAGUGUCUAGACUUGUAAUAUGUAAUUAGUUACCAAUUUGGAGAUCUAUCAUCAACAACUUUCUAAAUCCUGCACGGUUUCAAUUUUAAUGUUAUUUUGUUUUUCUUUGUUUUGGCUUGAUGAAUUCACUCCAUAUAUCUUAUGACAGUACAGAUAGUAUUGGUUCAUUUCAGCUAACUACAUAAAUAAAUCCUCCAUUAAGGACCGCGAAUUCAAUAUUUGCGCACUGAAGAGCGCCAAGGAUGCUCUUCCACAUCUCAUCAAAGUAUUUUCAGAUUUCCCUUUGGCCGAGGAAGUCUGCGUAUGUGUUUAUGCUGAUUGCGUUCAUCCUGAGCGGAUGCGCGGCUCAGUUUGUCGAAUACGACUUCGUCAUUGUGGGCGGCGGUGCGGCUGGAUCCUUGCUGGCUUCACGGCUGUCGGAGGUUUCCGAGUGGUCAGUGUUACUGAUCGAAGCUGGCGGAGAAGAGAACGUUCUGCAGGACAUUCCUCUGUUUGCAGCAUUCUCACAGUUGACGUCGAUAAACUGGGGUUAUGAGACAGAGCCGUCAUCAACAGCCUGCCUCGGCCUGGUUGGCGGCCAGUGCAAGUGGCCACGUGGCAAAGUCUUAGGUGGCAGCAGUGUUCUCAAUUACAUGGUGAGCACGAGAGGCAAUCGCAAGGAUUAUGACGGCUGGGAGGAGGAAGGAUGUGAAGGCUGGGGAUACGACGAUGUCUUACCGUAUUUCCUCCGGUUUGAGGGCAUGCUUAUUCCGCGUUUGGCUGAAGACACGGUAUACCAUAACGCGUCUGGACAGCUGGCCAUUACUUACCCUCCAUAUCGCACCGAGGCUGCGAGGAGCUUUACCGAGGCCGCCAAAGAACUAGGAUUCAAUAAAACUGACUAUAAUGCAGGAAAUCAAAUAGGAUAUUCAUUUCACCAGUGCACCAUGAAGGAUGGGUUGAGAUUCAGUGGGAAUCGUGCGUUUUUAAAGUUUGCGAGGACGAGGCCAAACUUGCACGUCCUGAAGAAAAGCCUCGUUACCAAAAUCCUUAUUGACUCAAAUAGUCGCACAGCUUCCGGCGUACAGUAUAAAUUGUUCAAUGGCCUUACACUAAAAGCUUUUGCUAGAAAGGAAGUGAUUCUUUCUGCGGGUGCCAUAAACUCUCCUCAGCUGUUAAUGUUAUCAGGAAUUGGGCCCCGCGAAGAGCUCCAGAGCUUGGGAAUCAAUGUAUUACAGGAUGCAAAAGUGGGUUUCAACCUGCAGGAUCAUAUCAGUUUUGGAACCCUUUAUUUCACUGUAAACUCGUCGAUUGGUAUUCGUUUUGACAACGUUCUUGAAAAUUUGUUUAACGCUGCAGAGUACUUACUAAGUCGCACCGGGCCCUUUGCUGUAGCAGGUGGCACCGAAGCACUUGUUUUUCAGGAACUAAAUACUAGUAGCAGUAACAGCACCGACGGUGUUCCAGAUAUAGAAAUACUCUUUGCGUCCAGCACUCUUCCGUCACUGAAACCUGUUUGGGAUGCCUGGGGUGGCAAUUCUGACAUAUAUGCUGCCUACGAGCCGUUAGCUCAUAAGGAUUCUUUCAUGAUAUUUCCCAUGAUCAUGCACCCAAGAAGUCGGGGUCGUGUUGCUCUCAGAAGUGCUGACCCUACGGACAAGCCGCUGCUGUACCACAACUAUCUGACUGAUCCAUAUGAUGCGGAUAUUAUUAUAAGUGGAAUCCAUAGUUCGCUUCAACUGGUUAACACCUCAGCCUUUCAGAAGUACGCCGCAGAACUCUACCCAGUUCCUCUUCCACCGUGCGAGGAGUAUGAAUUCGCUUCCGAUAAAUACUGGAAUUGUUCAAUUCGCUACACGACUUUUACCUUCUACCACCAAUGCGGAACCUGUAAAAUGGGCAAUGAUUCUGACCAAGAUGCUGUUGUGGAUACACAUUUAAAAGUGCGAGGUAUUAAUAAUCUCCGUGUUGUGGAUGCUUCCAUCAUUCCACUAAUUCCGUCUGGUCACUUGACUACCCCUGUCUACAUGAUUGCCGAAAAGGCAGCUGAUUUAAUAAAGAAUCGGUGGAGUUCAAGUGACAAAGUUUAAGCAUUGGUCUUACUGUUCCACUAUCCCUGAGUCACAAUUAUCUCACAGUAAAAUUUUA